AUGUCGGACCCAGCCCCCUCGAUCCCCUCGUCGAUCAUGCAAGAUCCUCUUCCGGAGAAUAGGAAGACCAGUCCCACGUUUCAAGCGUUUCAGGCCUAUCCGCAUGCCCGCGCCCUUCUGCAGCGCCCCGAUUAUUAUGCCAUUGGCACCUGGUCGCGUCUCCCCAAGCCCACGGGCGAGGACGGGCUCUUUGCUGGGACGCUGGCCACGCGCACCACCAUCCCGCACUGCCUGACCCUGCGUCGCCGCGACCUGCCCGCCCUGCCCGCCAGUGCUCCCUCGUGGCCCUCCCCCACCGCUGACCCGACGACAACCGGCGCCUGUCCGCCCGACGUCUUCAUGCUACUGGACCUGGCUGCCGCCGGCAUUUGCGGCCAUCCGGACACCGUGCACGGCGGCAUCGUGGCCACCUUUCUGGACGAGGCCAUGUCCCUGGCCGUGACUCUGCACGCCCCGCCGCCCGAGCUGGACCCCGACUCCCACUCUCCAUCCCCCCGCGGGAAACUCUACACGGCGCAGUUGGAUGUGCGCUACAAGCGACCCGUCUCGGCUCCCGGCUUGUUGGUCGCGCGCGCCAAGCUGGUCGCUCGCAUCGGUCGCAAGUUCUGGGUUCGAGCACAACUGCUGCAGGAGGACGAGGCCGAUCCUUCCCGCAUGCUCGUCACCACUGACGCCAUGGCCUUUUGGCUGCAGACCUCGCCUAAUCUCUAG